AAGCUGGCUAAGUAGAUCUAGCUAGCUAGCAUUCUGUCAGUUUGCUGAGCUCUGUGGUCAUGAGCCAGUGUGGAAGAGACUGAGAGAGAGGUGGAAGCCUAGUCUGGGCAAAAACAGAAAUCGAAGAAAAGCCUGAAAAGGCAAGCUUGGGUCACUAUGGAAACCGAGCAUCUAAACGAACUGUUUAAGUCCCAGUGCCAUUGCUGGAAUCCGAAUCGAGAAUAUGCGGCUGUAGAUGAAAACAAAUCUUGCAACGUAUAUAGAGCAGCAUGAAACCAAAAGCAUUUUUGAGUGAUGACAGAAAGACACUCGACUGUUAACUGGAGAGGAGCUGGUUGAACUACUGCUGUCUGUCAGUCAGAUACACUCACCACAAUGGGGGAAUGCAUGGUGAGGUAUAUACCCCAAUGAUGGCAAGAGCUCCACCAUCAAUGCCCUCAUUCAGUGCAAGAAGGUCCCAGUGUCUGCCACUCCUGGGAGGACGAAACACUUUCAGGAGGAAAUGCUUACAGUCAUGUGAGGAGUCCGGGUGUCCUCUACCGGAAAUUGUCGGAGGACGGGACUCUUCUCUGCCAUCUCAGCUUCAUCAAUUAACAACCACACUAUUGCUAGGAUACAAGAUAUUUACGCUACUCCCACUCUUGUUCUCUCAGUCAAGAAAGUACUGAACUCUCUCGAAGCAUAUAGCCAUUGCUCAAUGUGUUAGGAGUUCAUUAUUAGUACAUGUGCAUGCACUGUGUGCAUCUCAUAGAAUCAGCAUUCCCGUCUUUUGUCUUUUGUCAUUAUUUCACAGUCAUGAGCAUGGAUGGCAUAAUAGUUAUGAGUACAUAAUUUGCUCAAAAAAUUAAUGGCAUAAUAAUGGCUAGCCUCGAUUCCAAACGCUUCUCAAAAUCCAGGCUAAGCAAAGAAGGGUGUGGCUGCGCAUGGGUGUUGCUUUACCCUCGUGUAGUCAGCUCAGCAAAACAAACACAGAUCUACAGUUGAGACAUGAGUCAGAGUCAACCUGGAAAGAAAGGUGGGAAGACUGGUCUAGGGAAGGCCAUCAUCAAGGACAAAAACAGAAGGAGAAGAGGUGCUGGAAAAGCCCAGGCAGACAGUUGGUUGAGUUGGAGGAUGGGUACGAGUGGGGUCACCUGAACCUCCGCUCUGUGACUGAGGAGAGUAGGUUGGACGAGUUCCUCAACACCGCUAAACUGGCAGGAACUGAAUUCACAGCAGAGAAGCUGAAUAUACGGGUGGUGGACUUUAGUGUUUACACGGGUCUGCCCAGUGCAUCAGAGUAUGCAGAGAUCGAGCAAGCUCAGAAAGAUCAUCAAGAGUUCCUAUGCAUCCCCAGAAGGCCUCACUGGGACUCCACGACAACAAGAAAAGAGCUGGACCAGUUGGAGAGGGACUCAUUCCUAGAGUGGAGGAGGGGCCUCGUGGUGCUGGAGGAGAACGAGAAGUUGGUCCUCACUCCAUUUGAGAGGAACCUCGAGUUCUGGAGACAACUGUGGAGGGUCAUCGAGAGAAGUGAUGUGGUGGUGCAGAUCGUUGAUGCACGAAAUCCUCUUCUCUUCCGAUGUGAAGACUUGGAGAAGUAUGUGAAGGAAAUAAAGUCUGAGAAAGUGAAUGUAGUGCUCAUCAGCAAGUCCGACCUAUUAACACUCAAGCAACGGCAAGAAUGGCUCAAGUACUUCACUGAAGACUGUCCGUCCCUUACUGUGGCAUUCUGGUCUGCUACCAUGGAAACUGAGCGGCUGCAACAACUCGAGCUGUUGAAUUCACUAAGUCCGAGUCCCGUGCUGGAAUCAGGAUCAGAACCUGGCUCCGAGUCUAAUCUAGUCGCCAUGACUCUACCUCCUCUGAUGAAUGUGCAAUGGAUGACCAGACAGUCACCGUCAAUGACACCAUAGAUACUUCAACAAUCGAAACCCAAGGCACGAACUUUGCAGUAGAGCCAGCACUUGGUGAAAUUGAAGCUAAGAAGCCUCCAGUUGAAAGUGUUAGACCUUCAGUUUGAAGAUCGAGACCAUUCUGAUUCAAAAAUGAGUGAUGACGAUGAAGAAGGAGACACUCGACUGUUAACUGGAGAGGAGUUGGUUGAACUACUGCUGUCUGUCAGUCCAGUACAAGACGGGGGGCUCACUACAGUGGGAAUGAUGGUGUAAUAUGGGCUCGAGAAGAUGCCCUGGGAGCCGCAGUUGCUGUGGAGAUGUUAGACUUACCAGCUGGCCAGUCAGAGAAGAUCGAGAGCUUUGUAGAGAUGACCAAAUCUAAAGUCAACCCUCUCAAAGUGGCCAC